AUGACCUUAUUAACAGAGACGGGAACUUUUUCGUUUGGCCCCAAACACCCAACACACAGCCCCACGCACAUUGUUUUUAGUUUGUGACCUUACUACAAUAUCCUAGCAAUAGGCUCAUUAGACUGCAUGUUUACGGGGCGUGGAGAGAGGAAGGGCCCAUGCCCCGGGACUUGAGCGUCUGAGAAGGAGCACUGGCAAAAUGAAGCUGCGUCAGCGCACGGUUGGGGCCCAGCUGAGGUCCCAGCCGGUAUCUAGCGCAGGUGGCCCAGCCAACAGCGGCCCUCCAGCGACGCCCUCGGGCGGCAUCGCGCCGGUGUCAAUAUUUGGUGCAGCCGAGGCGCUUGCAGACCCAGAAGCACGAGGAUGGAUCCUCACCUGGUCAUGGACCUUCACCGGCUUCUUUGUCUACAUAACUGCAUCAUGGCUUUCGGGGCUAUGGUACACGACAGAUCCCCUGGCGUACGCCGCGUUGCGGGCCCAGGUGCCAACACUGGUGUACCAGAUGAGCUCGACGGCGUUCUUCACAGCGUUGGUGCUGAACUUGACCUCGCUCUUGUUCGAAGACAACGCGCCAAAACGGCAGCUUGCGCUGCUCAGCUGCGCCAUCAAGGGCGCUGCGUGUCACACGGACCUACUACUGGUCACCGGCGGAGCCACGGUGCUGUACGACGCGUACGGCUCCAUCUGCAUACCGCAGCGCUACGUGCAGUGGCUGGUUACUACGCCCACCAUGGUGUAUAUCCUGUCAAAGAUAUCCGACUUCACGCCGCGCCAGACCGCCACCGCCAUUGGUCUGGACGUGCUGAUGGUGCUGUCUGGUCUGGUCGCCAACUUCCUGCGGUCCCCCUACCUAUGGGUGGCCUUCCUGACCUCCACGGCGGCCUUCAUCGGCGUGCUGUACAUGAUGGGCCUCAUGGUCUACUCGGCCGUCAAGGAGCACACCAGCGCCAACUCCCGCCGCAGCCUGCUGUUCAUCUACAUGUGCACGUUGUUCAUCUGGAACCUGUUUCCCCUGGCCUGGAUCCUGCACGUGGUGCACCGCGGCUCGCCGGCCGCCGAGUACCUAAACGUUUUCGCCAACUUCAUGGCCAAGGUGCUGUUCAGCUCCUCCAUCAUGUACGGCAACUACAUGACCAUUGCGCAGCGGCGGCUGCUGGCGCAGCAGGACGCGGAGAACGCCAACCGCGUGCAGAUGAUCCAGGACCUGCGUGACAGCGUGACGCGCAAGGACCAGUUCAUGAGCUUGAUGAGUCACGAGCUGCGGACGCCGCUCAACGGCAUCAUCCAGCUGUCAGAUGCGCUGGUCCGGGGUGCGGGCGGCGAGAUGAACCCCAAGGGGCAGCACUUUGUCAGGACCAUCAAGAACAGCUCCAACCACCUUCUCAACAUCAUCAACGACAUCCUGGAUGUGGCAGCGCUCAAGGAGGGCAAGCUGACCAUCAAGCACGAGGUGUGCUCGCUGGCCAAGGCGGUGGACCACGUGGUGGACAUUGUGGCGCCGCUGGCAAAGAAGGAGGUGACCAUGGAGCGCUGGGUGGACCCCGCCACGCCGCUCAUCAUCGCCGACUUCAGCCGAGUCAUCCAGAUCCUGUACAACCUGACCGGCAACGCGCUCAAGUUCACGAACAAGGGCCGCGUGGGCGUGCGCGUGGAGCCCAGCGCGGACGGCACACACGUGCUGCUGCAGGUGUCGGACACGGGCAUUGGCAUUCCCAAGGACCGCCUUCACUCCAUUUGGGGCGCCUUUGAGCAGGUGGACAUGUCGGUGACGCGCAAGUACGGCGGCACGGGGCUGGGCCUCAACAUCGUGAAGCAGCUGGUGGAGGCACACGAGGGAACCAUUGAGGUGGCCAGUGUGGAGGGCCGCGGCACCACCUUCACUGUGGAGCUGCCGGUCCUGCAGAGCAGCACGCGCCGCAGCCUGGAGGGGCAGGUGCUGGACAGCCUGACGCGGUGCGGGCACGCGGCGGCGCGGGACACCAUGGUGCAGCGGAGGACACGCAGCCGGCCCUCACUCGGUCUGGAGGACACGAUCACGCAGUUCGCCCGCGGCGUGCAGCGGCGAGCCAGCGGGCUGCUGGGGGUGGCCAAGGCGGCACAGGAGGCCGGCAGCAACGCCGGCACCGGGCCCGCCGGCAGCACCGGCGCAGGCGCAGGAGGCGGCGGAGGGGCCGGCGGCGGCGGGCAGCGCGACAGUCUGGACCGGGAGGAGGGCGAGCAACUGCUCCGCAAGCGCACACACGAGUUGGAGCACGAGAGCCGGCUGGGCGAUUUGGCUCGCCGCACCGUGCAUAAGCAGUCGAUGGAAGAAGCCGACCUAGCUUCUAGGCAGCUGCUGCUCAGCGAUUACGAACGCCGGGCGGAGCGCGACACCCGCUCCCUGGAGCGAAUUGACUCGGGCCAGCCGGGGCUGACGAAUGGCGGCGGCGAAGGAGCGGGGGGAGCAGCAGGAGGAGGGGCAGGAUCAGGGGGCGGUGGAGGCAGCGCACCCGGCAGUGCUGGGAAGGCAGGCGUAGCGGGAGGGUCAUGUCGUGGCGACGUCCGCGGUGGUGGCACGGAUGGCCGCGGCGGCGGUGGCGGUGGCGCAGGAGGCGCAGGCGGCGGUGGCGGCGGCGGAAACGGAGGUGGUGGGGCGAGCGGCGGCGGCGGGCGGCGCAGUGGCGCCCCGACUAGUGGGAGAGCGAGCCUCGGCGAGCUGCCGUCGGGCGGCAGUGGCGGCGGCGGCGGCGGCGGCGGCGGCGGCGGUGACGGUACCCCCGAGUCUCCACGCUCCGCAAUCGCAAGAAGGGGGUUGCUUGCUAUGCGCCAGUCCUCACUAAGUAACCUCCGGGGCGCCACCUCAGCCAGGGCCGGCGGCGCCGCCGGCGGCGCCGCCGCCAGCGGCGGCGGCGUUAGCGUGGGCCGCUGGGCCAGCACCACAGACACCGGCUUCGCCAACCAGGGCGCCGCCGCGGCGGCCUGGCGCGGCGACUCGCACCGCACCCUGCCGGGCGUGGAGGGCGGCUGCGUCAGCGUCAGCAGCGCCAACGGCAACAGCAUUGCUGACGUUUACGAAGCGCUGCAGCUAGCUCGCGCAAGCAACGAGAGCGGCGGCGGCGGCGGCGGCGGCGGUGGCGGCGGCGGCGGCGGUAACGGCAGCUCGCUCAAGGCCAGCGGCGGCUCGCUGGCGUUACGCAUGUCGGCGUACGGCCGUACCGGCUACGGCGGCGCCAAUGGCGGCGGCGGCGGCGGCGCCAACGGCCUUAACGGCUACGGCGGCGGCGGCGGCGCGCUGGGCGGGUCGGGAGCCAGCGGCAGUUUGCUCAAGAGUGCUCUGGAGUCCGACUUGUACCGCAACGGCCCCUCGCCACGUGAUCCGUACGAUUGUGACGCAUCCAGCGUCGGCGCCGACAGCGAGUACGAAUGGGUCGGUGACGGCGGCGGCGCCGGCGGCGGCGGCGCCUUUGGCGGCCGCUCCCGCGGCCCGACCAGCACCGGCAGCUUGGCCCUGGGCGGGAUGGCGUGUGGGCCCGGCGGGCGGCGGCACCAGCCGCCCAAGCCCAGCCUGCGCAGCGGCAAGCUGACACCCAUGCUGAGUAAUGCGGCGGCGGCGGCGGCGGCCAUCACCGCGGUGCCGCCGGGGCUGACGCUGGACAAGCUGGCGUACAGUGACAUGUACGGCACCAUCCAGGUGCUGUCUGUGGACGACGAAGACAUCAACCAGAUUGUCCUGGAGGAGAUCCUGACCGACAGCGGCUACGCCUUUGCGCGCUGCAUGGAUGGCGCCGAGGCGCUGGAGUGGCUGUGCGCCUCCGACACCAUGCCCGACCUCAUCCUGCUGGACUGCAUGAUGCCCGUCAUGAGCGGGCACGAGUUCUGCGCCACGCUGAGAAAGGUGAUCCCGGGCAACGUGCUCCCGGUUAUCAUGGUGAGCGCCAAGAGCGACGAGGAGAACAUCGUGGAGGGGCUGCGCAGCGGCUCCAACGACUUUGUGCGCAAGCCCUACCAGCGCGAGGAGCUGCUGGCGCGCAUUGAGACGCAGCUGCGGCUCAAGAGCGACAGCUGGUGGCUGGCGGAGCUGGUGAACAACGUGGACGGGCGCGAGACGGAGUCCAUGAAGCUGCUCAAGAACAUCCUGCCCGAGAGCAUCAUCGCGCGCAUGCAGCAGGGCCAGAAGUUUGUGGCCGACAGCCACGGCCACGUCGUCAUCCUGUUCUCGGACAUCGUUGGCUUCACCUCCCUGUCCUCCAAGCUGCCCACCGCCGAGGUCUUCCUCAUGCUCUCCAACAUGUUCACCGCGUUUGACAAGCUCACAGACCGCUUCAGCGUCUACAAGGUGGAGACCAUUGGCGACGCCUACAUGGUGGCUGCCGGGCACGACGAAGACGAGGACAAGGAGGCCAAGGGCAGCCCGCUCAUGCGUGUGUUGGGCUUCGCCCGCGCCAUGCUGGAUGUGGUCCGCAACAUCACCGCGCCCAACGGCGAGCGCCUGCGCAUACGCAUCGGCGUGCACUGCGGCCCGGCCUUUGCGGGCGUGAUCGGCAUGAAGUGCCCGCGCUACUGCUUCCUGGGCGACACCGUCAACACCGCCAGCCGCAUGGAGAGCACCGGCUUCCCCAUGUGCAUCCACGUCAGCGAGAACGUGUUCAAGCACCACCCCGCCGCCGAGGCCGAACUGCAGGAGGUGGGGGAGCGCGACAUCAAGGGCAAGGGCCACAUGCGCACCUACGUGGUCCGCACCGGAGCCUGGGAGCAGGCGCUCCGGGACUUCGCCGCGCGGCAGCAGGCGGCGGCGGCCGCCGCGCAGGCGCAGGCGCAGACGCUGGCGCUGGCGCGACAGCAGGCGGCGCUUCUGCAGCAGCAGCACGAGCAGCUGCAGCUGCAGCUGCAGGCAAACGGCGGCGGCGGCGGCGGCGGCGCUACUGCUAACGCGGCAAAGGCCGCCGCCGACGCGCUGGCGCAGCUUCCUGCCAGCCUGUCGUUUGACUCAGCCUCCGCCGGCUCCACGAGCAGCAUGCUGCCGCUCAGCGGCGGCAGCGUGGCCGGCGCCGCCGCCAGGACCGCAAACAGCCUGGCGCCCGGCGCUGGCGGCGGCGGCGCCGCCGCCGGCGCGGCUGACGGCGGCGGCGGCGGCAAUGGCUGCGGCGGCGGCGGCGGCGCGGUUCGCAUGGGACACCUGCUGUCCACAGUUGCGGAGGAGGGCUCGCUGCCGGGCUCGCCGUCGUCCUUCGCCGCCGCAGCCGCGGCGGCGGCGCUGUCGCCUUCCGCCGCCGCGCAACAGCAGCAGCAGCAGGCGCCAGGCUACCACCCCAGUCACCUGCGCACGGCGUCCGCCGGCGCUGGCCGCAGCCCGCUCUCACGCGGCGAGCUGCCGGCGGCCGCGUCGUCGCCGCUGCAGCCUGGCGGCGGCGCCGCCGCCGGCGCUGCGGGCAGCAGCCCCCUCCUGCCGCCGCUGCUGCGCGGCGCCAACCACUAUACCGACCCGCGGCUUGCCGGCGGCUUGCGCCCCAGCUUCAGCACGGGGGGUUACGUGUUGGAGGAUGACUCGGACGAUGGCGGCACCAGCACAAACACGGGCGUCGGCGGCGGCACGGGACACGGCAUGGGCUCCUCCCUGGGCGAGGGACGAGCAGGCAGCAUCUCGCUCACUGGCAUCGGCGCGAGAAGCUUCACGGGCGCCAGCUGUGGUGGUGGCGCCGGAGGUGGCGGCGGCGGCGGCGGGCUGCGCAUGCUGAACUCGCCAACUGGUCAAUACGACACAGGGGAUGCAGGGGAGAAUGGCAGCAGCGGGCCAGGCGGCAGCGGCGGCGGCGGCGGCGAGGUUGGCGGCAGCGGGGGCACGCCGUCUGGCCUUCGCGUGCACGUGCCGCGCAGCCUCAGCGGGCUGAGCGGCGGCAGCUACGGCAGCGGCGGCUCCACCGGCAUCGGCAUGUCGCGCGCCGGCUUGGGCAGCGCCACCGCCGCCGCCGCCGCCGCCAGCGGGGCGUGCUUCUUGACAUCGGACGCCGCCGACGCCUCCUUCUCCGGCGGCGUACUGGCCGCCACCACCAGCCACGCAGCGCUCGGCUCCGGCGGCGCCGCUGACUCGCAGCACGCGCCGUCUGCGGCAGGCGCUGUGAUGGGCAGCUCGCCCGCUGCGGCGCUGCAGGUGUCGCCGGCGUCACCUGGCGGCGCCGCCGCCGGCGGCCUCGGCAGUGGCCUUUCGCCGCAGUCUUCGCUGUACGGCGGCGCGCAGCUGUUGCUGAGCCCCAACAGCGCCGGCCUGCACUCGGGGCACGCCAACACCACUCUUGCCUAUCUGGAGCAGCGCAUUGCCAGCUUAGGCACGCAGCUCGCUACCGAGGCCCUGUCUAGGCAACGCCUGCAGGACGAGCUGGACGCGGAGCGGCGGCGCGCCGCCGGUGCCAUGCAACAGGCCAGCCUGCUGAUGCAGCAGCUGCGGAACGCGACGCAAGCGGCUGGCGGCGGCAGCGGCGGCGCGCCGAGUUCGGUGGCGGCGGCGGCGGCGGCGGCGGGGCAGGAGCAACACCUGGCCCGGCUGCAGCUGGGCAGCGGAGGUGGAGGAGCGGACGCCGCUAGCGGCGGCGGCGGCGGCGCCGCGCUACCUCCAAGCGCGGCCGUGCCACUGAGCCGACUGCCGCCGCCGCCCCGCGGCGCCGGUGGCGCAGUUGCGUCGCUGCGGGCCGCCGGUGGCGCGAAUGAGCUCUUGCCUACGUCGAACGAAGCCAACAGCAACGCCGACGCUGACGUCAUCAUUGGCGGCGGCGGCAUGUCGAGCACUGUAGUGCCGGCGGCGCAGCCGCCAUCGUCCUCUGCCUUUGGCAGCGCUGGCGCCGCCACCUCUGGAGGCAGCGGCAAUGACGACCAGGAGAUCACGCUGGCCUCGCCGUUCGUGUCAGAUCUGCCCGCGUAUGCUCUGGAGGCUGGGGACGUGGUCCCCAACAGCCUUGAUUUCGCCUCGCAGGGCUUCGACCCCGGCAGCAGCGGUGCCGGCGGGAGAGGCGGCGGCGGCGGCUCGAGACACGCGGGCAGGGCGGCGGCGGCCCAACAAAGGCCGUCCAGCAAAGUGCAGCGCAUGAACGUGGGCGAUGCGGCGGCGCUGAUGCUACAGCCGCCGAAGGCGCAGCAGCUACAGCCAGGCAGCCAGUCGACCGCUUUUGUGGAAGCGGGCGGCGUCGGCCGCAGCGGCGCGAGCGGCGGCGGCAUUGCGGAGCCACUGCCGGGCUCGGCGGCUGAGGCGUACUCGGGCUACAGCCGUCAGCAGCUGGAGGACCAGCUGCUACUGCCGGUGCCCAUGCCCACCUCCAUAACGGCGCUGAUGCCCGGCGGCGGCACCGCCGCCGCCACCGCCGCCGUGGGCACUGCUACAGCCGCCUCCACCACCACCACGACCACCACCACGGUGUCCCACCACCGCCACGUCUUCCACACUAGCGCUGCCGCCGGCCUCGCGCUGUCUGCGCACCCGGCACCGGGCAGCUCGCCCCUUCCCGCCCCCUCCUCCUCCUCGCCCUGCACGGCGCUACAGCCGCUGCAGCUACAGCCACCGCCGCUGCCGUGCUACAGCCUUGACGCUCUCUUUGUGGAUCUGGGUCUGGAGCCGUACCUGCCGCGUUUCCGUGACGAGGCCAUCCGGCUCGACAUGCUCUUGUCCAUGGACGCGCAGCAACUGGAGCGGCUAGGUCUCAAGCCGCUGGGCUACCGCAUCCGCGUGCGUGAGGCGGUGGUGGAGCUGGCGCGGGGCCUGCUGCGCUCCAGUGAGGAUGCGGCGGUGCUGGUCGAGAUGUCGCAGCAGCACCAGCACCAGCAGCAGUACCGCAGCCAACAGGCGCAGCAGCUGCAGCAGCAGCACCAGCCGCUGGAGCGGUAGACGGACAUGCUGAGGGCGAUAUGCGUCCGCGGUGGCAGCGGCGGUGGUGUUGGCUGCGCGCGCAGCUGCAGGCGUGUCAGUAGUGCACUGGUGUCGGGUGCCCGUGUCAGGCGGCGGGGCAGCAGCUGUUGCUGCUGCGUCAGGGUGACGGAAAAGAAAUGUGCAAUGCGUGUAAAAAAGUGCGAACCUGGGUAGGAGGCGCGGCCUUGCAGGAGGGUGGCAGCGAGCUGGCGGCUGCCGCUGCUCCCAGGCAGGCAAACAAUGGGAAGGAUCGGGAAACGGCCGAGCGGUGGUGGUGUGACACUUUUUUGGAAUGCAGGUUCGGAGGUAUUCGGAGGUACUGUGAUGCUUCGGGUGGAAUCUAAUUGGGAUGGCCACUUGACCAUUGCGGUGGACGAUGGAACUUAAGUAGGCUUGGAACGAUGUGCCUUGAGAGCAAUCAAACCUCACACACAGAGAGCAUCAGCCAUGCGUGCGCGUGCGUGCUAUGUAGGUUUGCGGGCCGUCUGGGGGUCAGUGGGUGGUGGGGAAGCCAUUGUGAGGUCCGGUCGCAAGAGCCUGGAAGCGUGAGCAACCGUGUCACUUUGAUAACUUGCUGCAUCCUACACUGUGGUGCCGGAGUGGUCAAGGGACCGCUGCGGCGGCGUGGGGCACACAGUGUGUGACCAAACUGCGCAUUUGAGUCAUUGUGCACCGUACAGGGUUGUUCCUUGGCUCGUGGCACCACUUCUCCGGCCACGAAGCUUGAUGGUGCGCGCUGUGACCCAUCUACGGGCGUGUCAGGGGAGGCGCGAGCAUGAUAGUGUUGAUUUUGACGACACGCGACACGCUCACGACGUGAUGGGGAACAAGCCGAUUGUUGAAGCGGGCUGAGGGUGCAAGUAUGGGUCACGUCUACAUGUGAUCAAGCUGUGCAGGCAUGCUGUCAACGGAGGAUUGUGCGCCGUACAAUAAGUACGGACAUUGGAGUUUGCGGUGUUUUGGCAGUCCCCAUACAUAGCCAUUCAAUCAACACAUUUGUAUGCAUGAGCAAUGGGGCCACACCACUUUUGCCAAUCGCCUUAUCAGCAAACUGAAUAGCUCAUUGGUGAUCUGCCGAAAUAAUUUCUAUCAUUUAGGUGCUGUGCAGAAUGCCACGGGUGCUUACAAUACUUUGCGCGAGUCGGGCGAGGGAAGGCGGCUUGUUGCUUGCUGGUGCGUUGCACGCACGUGGGGCGAGGCUAGAUUCGGCUGUCAGCCACCUCACUGGGCGGCACGGUGCGGGUUGUGCGUCAUGUCACCUUCAAUGCAUUUGUUGGCGCUCCGCUCCAUAUUGACUGCGUGCGUGCAUGCGUGUGAGAGGGCACACAGCUAAUGAAGCACGAAUCAUUGCGCCGUGUCGCGCGUUGAAAUUCAAGUGAUGAGAAGCGAGAGAGGUUGUGGAGCGUUCUGUUGUGCGCCUUAGGGCGCCUUCGAUGGGCAGGCCAAGUCUCACGCUGUGACGGCGCAUAGCAACGUACGGCAAUAUCUGCGUCUUUGGCAUGCGCCAUCAUCGUGGCGGAGAUGGUUCCCUCCUGACCUGGGUGCUGGGCACCCUUGCUUGGUCGGACUGUCCCUUUUGUAAUGUCGCACUCAU